AUGAAAGAAAUAAUUUCUUUACAUAUAGGAUAAGCAGGAAUCCAAUUAGGAAAUGCUUGUUUAGAAUUGUACGGUAUAGAACAUGGAAUUUAAGUUGACGGUUAGAUGACAAUGGAUAAGACACUAGGAAUUAACGAUGAGGCAUAUCAUACUUUCUUUUCUGAAACAGGAAAUGGUAAAUAUGUCCCAAGAUCUGUUUUUAUUGAUUUAGAUAUGAAUAGUAUUGAUGAGUUGAGAAAAGGUUAGUUUAGAGAAUAGUUGGGACCUGAAUAAAUAAUUUCAGGGAAAGAUGAUGCUGGAGGUAUUUAUGCAAGAGGCUAUUAUGGAAUUGGUAAAAAUAUAAUUGAUGUGACUAUGGAUAGAAUUCGAUUACUAACGGAAUAUUGUAUGGGUCUUUAAGGAUUUUUAAUAUUUCAUUCAGUUGGUGGAGGUACUGGUUCUGGAUUUGGAUCUUUAUUAUUGGAAUCUAUUACAGAAGAAUACGGUAAGAAAUCUAAGAUUGGUUUUGAAAUUUUUCCAUCUCCUUAAAUUUAAUCGUCAAUUGUUGAGCCUUAUAAUACUGUAUUGUGA